CUCCGGCUUGAUCGCCAGGCCGAGCUCCUGAAAAAUCGUCGAUAAACAUUUCUAGGUGACACCGUCUAGAAAUCCGCUAUUGCGAAAAUGAAGAAGUACAACGUGAUAAUUUUACGAUGCGUCCAGUUGAAAUUAUCAUUUAGAUAAGAUUUAGAUCGCGCAUGUGCAGCUGUCCUCUACGAUUCUUAUCCCCUUUUCAACGUACUCUCCCGUAUCAUCUGAUUAGAUAAGGAGGGCUUGGUUCCGCUUCGGAAUCAUCAAAACCUCGGCGCAAGUUUCAUUUUGUUACGUGCGUUUUCACGGCGAGAGGAAGGUGCCGAGAAGUCUGCAAGCAUGGUUUCCCUGCAGACUAUUGCGAGUAUAGUGAUCAAAGUGCUAAAGUUGGUUAUCAACCUCAUCAUCAUCAUCCUGUACCGUACAGGAUACGGCGGUGAGUUUCUAGGCGUAGGUGGAACUUGGAACUUGAACGAGGACAAGAAUCCCGAUGCCGAGAUUGUCGCUUCCGGCGUAUUCGUCGGGUUUUUCAUCUACACGAGCGUCGUCCUCAUCAGCUACUGUUUUGGCAAUACCGACCAUAAAAAGACUCUAGUUGAAAUCAUCAUGAAUUUCGUCGGGACUUUCAUGUUUGUUGCCGUGGGCGGAACGGCCCUUCAUUACUGGCAUGGUUAUCAACCUGAGCAGAAAUUCGUAUAUGAUGCGCCAGAGAGGCAGAUUGGCUUGGCUGUGGGCUCGUUGUGCGUUUUAGAAGGCGCAGCGUACCUGAUGGACUUAAUAUUAAGUUUCCUCCAUUACGCUAAGGAUGAAUUUCAAUAAAAGGGAAAGUAUUGCGAGAUAAACAUCGUUUUAAUAGCGACAAUAUUUUACGAAAAACUUCCGUUUCAUUCCCAUCAACUCAUGUUACAAUAUACUAGCAAUAUACGCUAAGAAGUAGAAGUUUUCAUGUAUUAAAACUCUAUUACGAUUAAAUUCGAUUAUGUCUCUGGGUAUAUUGUUAGUCACGUUUCUGUACGGAGGUUUCUCUCUUCGCGGAAAACGCAAGUAACCUUGUCCUUCUUCGAGGAGAGACAAAGUUUCCCCAUUAUGCGUUUUUAUACAUAUUUAUUCAUACAGACAUAUACUUCCCAUUGAAAAUACAUGUAACGUAUACGAAAUAAAGUUUAUUACAAAAUUUGUAAUAAAACGGCUUAAAAUA